AUGGUUGCCUCCAGCCAACCAUUAGCAAACGCAGCAGGUAUAUCCAUUCUCAAUCAAGGCGGAAACGCAAUUGACGCAUGUAUUGCCAUGUCAGCAGCUCUUUGUGUUACUGAACCCCCUUCGACAGGCGUAGGAGGUGAUGCAUUUUUGUUGUAUUAUGAUAAUAAAUCUCAAGAAAUAUAUGGGUUGAAUGCAUGCGGUAGAUCUCCAUCAAAAUUAUCUUGGGAAUGGAUUCGUAAGAACACUGAUAUUUCAAGCAAGAGAAUGCCAUUUGAUUCUAUUCAUGCUCUUACUGUUCCCGGGGCAAUUGCUGGGUGGUGUGAUGCUGUAGAUAAAUGGGGGUCGGGAAAGGUAACAAUGGCACAGAUACUAGAGCCAGCAAUCAGUUUGGCGGAAAAUGGAUUUGUCGUGAGUAGUAUUGCUGCACAAUUGUGGAAUCGAUGUUGUGAGAAGUUAAUUUCCAAAAGUGGAGAAAAUGCUAAUGUGUUCUUGAACGAAGAUGGAAGUUUUCCUGAGCCAGGUCAAGUUUUCAUUAAUGAAUUGGUGGCAAAAGUAUUUCGAAAGGUGGCAACAGAAGGAAAGCAAGGGUUUUACAGUGGUGAUAUUGCACAAGAGAUAGUGAAUGCUGUUCAAUCAAGAGGCGGAUUGUUGAAUUUGGAAGAUUUGUCGAGUCAUCAUUCUGAAGUUGUAAAACCUAUUUGUAUUGAAUUUUGUGGGAAAUAUAUCUGGGAAAUUCCUCCCAAUGGACAAGGAUUAGUUGUGUUAUUAACAUUAGGAUACAUAAAAUCAUUAGCCAAAAGAGGUGUAAUACAACUAGGUAAGCUUCAACACAAUUCUGUUGAAUAUCUUCACUUAGUUACUGAAUGUUUAAAGCUCGCCUUUUUCGAAUCGGAAAAAUAUAUUACCGACCUCAAUCAUCACCCGGAAAUCCAAUUAUCGGAAGCCCUAUCCGAAGAAAGGCUUGAGCAUGUUUCUCAGUUUAUCAAAUUAGACUCCCUUCUAACCCGGGAGGAUUUCGGAAAUGUAACAGUGCCUAAUCCGAUAUAUGACAGUGACACGGUCUACCUCACCGCAGUUGAUAAAGAUGGCAAUGCUUGUUCAUUCAUCAACUCGGUCUAUAUCGAAUUUGGAUCUGGCAUCAUUCCCAACAAAUAUGGGUUCUCAUUACAAAACCGUGGUGCAGCUUUCAACUUAACACCUGGUGCUCCUAAUUGCCUUGCUCCAAACAAGAGACCAUUCCAUACUAUCAUCCCUUCUAUGAUUACUGAGUUCGAUUCAGAGGGAAAGCAUAGAUUAUGGGCUUCGAUGGGGUGUAUGGGAGCAGCAAUGCAACCACAAGGACAUGUUCAGAUCUUUUUGAAUAUGGUAUUAUUUGGAAUGGAUCCUCAAGAAGCAAUUGACUGUCCCAGAAUAUCUUUAAAUUCGAACAAUAAGUUAAGACAUUUAGAUAUUGGGUUAGGAAGUGAUGGACCCAAUGCUACUCCUGAACCGAAGUUGGUAAUUGAAGAAACUAUGCCUGAUGAUGUGAUUGAUGGGUUGCGGAAAAUGGGUCAUAAUGUAAGUGUGGCCAAGGGUUACCAUAGGGAUAUUUUUGGGAGAGCACAAUGUAUUAGAAAUUUGUCUAAAAAUGGAAGAGUGAUUUGGGCUGGUGGAUCUGAUCCUCGUGGAGAUGGGGCUGCUGUUCCCCAGAUUUAA